UGCUUAAUUUUUAGGUUAGGUUGUUUUUAACUAUGCCAGCAUUACCGGAACUUUGCUGCAAGUAGAAUACAGUAUUUCUUGUUAUAUUUGAAAAUAAAUGAUUGAUUAACUUCAUUAGCAUGUCCUUAUGGUAUAUAGAUUUGAAAUUACAUUAGAAAGAGCUUAGUUGAGUCGAAAUUUGUUCAAAAUGAAGUCGGCUUUGAUGGUGGCCGAAAAGCCAUCUCUUGCUGCUUCUUUGGCUAAUAUUUUGAGUAAUGGAAGAAAUUCAUCAAGAAAAGGUAUCAACGGCGCUUGUUCGGUACACGAAUGGAGCGGUCAAUUCAGAGGCGAACAGGUCAACUUCAAAAUGACGUCAGUUUGCGGCCAUGUCAUGAGUUUGGAUUUCAUUGGCAAAUACAACAAUUGGGAUAGAGUUGAUCCGGUUGAGCUGUUUUCCUGUCCUACAGAAAAGAAAGAAGCUGUAACGAAACUAAAAAUGCCGCAUUUUUUGGCACAAGAAGGCAGAGGUUGUGACUACCUGAUUCUGUGGCUGGAUUGUGACAAGGAAGGCGAAAACAUUUGUUUUGAGGUUAUGAACGCCGUUGAGGGGACUAUGAGGCGGUCACCGUACAAUGAUGAUGUGGUCUACAGAGCGCAUUUUUCGGCCAUCACUGAGAAAGAUAUCAAGGCAGCCAUGCAAAACCUAGGCAAGCCUAAUGAAAACGAAUCCCGCAGUGUGGAUGCCAGACAAGAGCUUGAUCUCAGAAUAGGCUGUGCCUUCACUCGAUUCCAAACUAAAUUCUUUCAGGGUAAAUAUGGUGACUUGGAUGCAUCUUUAAUAUCUUAUGGUCCUUGCCAGACCCCCACACUUGGGUUUUGUGUACAGAGGCACGAUGAGAUUCAAACGUUCAAACCUGAACCGUUCUGGGUUAUACAGAUUUCAGUGAACACAGUUGAUGGCAAAGAAGUGACUUUGGACUGGGCCAGAGUACGUUGUUUCGAGAAAGAGGUAGCCACUAUGUUCCUGCAGAAAAUUCGAGAACAAACUACUGCCAUUGUAACGAACGUAACAGUGAAGGAGAAAUCGAAAAGUCGUCCUCAAGCUCUGAACACAGUGGAACUGAUGAGGGUGGCCAGUUCAGGUCUUGGGCUGGGACCUCACCAUGCUAUGCAGAUUGCUGAGAAAUUGUACACUCAGGGAUAUAUCAGCUACCCCCGUACCGAGACCACCCAUUAUCCUGAUAACUUUGAUCUAGUUCACGUGCUGUUGCAACAGCAAUCAAACCCCGACUGGGGAGCUGAGGUGCGGGGGGUGUUGGCGCAGGGAGUGAACCGACCUCGGAAGGGGCACGACGCGGGGGACCAUCCUCCCAUCACCCCCAUGAAACCUGCCACCCGCCAUGAAUUGGACGGCGAUGCAUGGAAGAUAUACGACUACAUCACUAGGCAUUUCAUCGCUUCGGUGUCGCAGGAUUGCAAGUACCUGAGCACAGUGGCGACAUUCCAGGUGGGAGCGACUGAGUGGUUCUCAUGUACAGGCAAAACCCUGCUGGACCCCGGCUACACCACAGUCAUGCACUGGCAGGCCUUCGCCAAGAAUGAGGUGGUGCCUAACUUCAGUAUGGGUGAUGUCGUCGACAUACAGGAUGUGAAACUGGUAGAAUGCCAAACCAGCCCGCCGGACUAUUUGACGGAAGCGGAAGUGAUCACUCUGAUGGAGAAGCACGGAAUCGGCACGGAUGCGUCCAUUCCUGUCCACAUCAACAACAUCUGCCAGCGCAACUAUGUCACCGUCGGUGCCGGCAGGAAGCUCAUUCCUACACCACUCGGCAUUGUGCUCGUUCACGGAUAUCAGAAGAUUGAUCCAGAGCUAGUCCUACCCACAAUGCGUUGCGCAGUGGAGGAACAACUGAAUCUGAUAGCUUUGGGCAAAGCUAACUUUGAUGCUGUGCUCAACCACACCGUAGAAAUAUUCCGCCUGAAAUUCCUCUUCUUUGUGAAGAACAUUGAAGGCAUGGACACAUUGUUCGAGGUGUCAUUUUCGCCGCUUGCCAGUAGUGGAAAAGCCCAUUCAAGGUGUGGUAAAUGCAGACGUUACAUGAAAUAUGUGCAGGCAAAACCUGCUCGACUUCAUUGUUCUCACUGCGACGAAACGUACAAUUUGCCACAAAAUGGAAAUGUCAGAACAUUCAAGGAGCUGAAAUGUCCACUAGAUGACUUCGAGCUAGUUUCGUGGUCGACAGGGGCGCGAGGCAAGAGCUUCCCCCUCUGCCCCUACUGCUACAACCACCCGCCGUUCAGGGACAUGGGGCGCAAAGGUAUAGGCUGCAACGGGUGCACCCACCCCACCUGUGCCCACGGCCUCAAUGCCAACGGCGUGUGCGCCUGUUGGGAGUGUGAGGGCGGUGUCCUAGUGCUAGAUCCCAGCUCGGGGCCCAAGUGGAAGUUGGGGUGCAAUCGUUGUGACGUGAUCAUCCACCUGUUCGAUGAUGCGCAGAAGGUGUGCGUGGAGGACGCGGUGUGUGACUGCGGCGCGCAGACAGUGUCGGUCGAGUAUAAGCCGGAGAAAACGAAACUUGGCAACGAGCAGACGGAGGCCAGCGGCUGUGUGUUCUGUUCGGCCGAGUUCAGUUCGCUGGUCGAGAAGCAGAGGGCGGUGGCGUCGAAACCGGCCAGUGUGGGGGGACAAGGUGGCCAGGGGGGCCGUGGAGGGGCGCAGGGAGGGGGCAAGAGUCGCAGUCGCAAACCGCGGCCCCCCAAAGACAAGAUGGCGCAGUUGGCUGCUUAUUUCGUGUAAUCACCUCGAAAAAAUACACUUUUUUGUGUGUAAUAAGUAAAUAUUUACACAUAUUUUGUUUAAUUUUGUGGUGAAAUGACUCUAAUUUUGUGGUUCAUAUAUUUUGUAAAUACAAAAUGGCGCAGUUGGCUGCUUACUUCGAGUACUAACCUCGUGUGUAAUAAGUGAAUAUAAAAACACUUCAUUCACAUGGGCUACUUUUUAAUUAAAAACAAUAUAAAAAUCUUGAAAUACCCUUUAUUAAAAAAAAACAACUUUAAAAUAGUUCAACAACUAGUUUCGGUGAUCACACCAUCGUCAGGUUAUAAAAUAAAAUAUAUUUUUUUUAAGUAAAGGGUACUUCAAGAUUUUUAUAUUGUUUUUAAGUGAAUAUUUACACAUAUUUUGUGUAAUUUGUCGUGAAAUGACUGUAAUUCAUAGAUUGUGUAAAUACAAGCUGUUGGCUGCUUAUUUCGUGUAAUUACAUCGAAAAAUUCAGCCAGUUGCACACACAUUGAUUUUUGGACGAACGAUUUUUUGCCGUCCUUCUAAAUUCUACCAGAUUAUUCCAUGGAGCUUGGCAAUCACUUGAUGUGUUCAGACACACACAUCGUACGUCCAAAAAUUGAUGUGUGAGAAACUAGUCUUACACUUUUUUGUGUUAUAAGUACAUUCAAGCUGGAUUCCCACAUAUAGUGACAGUAAAAGCGACCUGUACAGAGAUGAUAUUAUUCCUACGAGUUUUAAUGGAACUAUCCUCACCCAGCCCUGCGGAGCGAGUAUGAAUAGUCCCAUUAGAGUUUAUAGGAAUUAUAUUUCCACUGUACCGGACAUCUGCAAUGAUAUGUGGGAAUUCACCUUUACACUAGAAUGACACCUGUUUUGUGUAAUUUGUUAGGGAAUGACUAAAUUCAUAGAUUUUUUUUUGAAGUGGGUACCGUAAAUGAAAUAUGGCGCAGUGUGCUGCUUAUUCCGUAUAAUUACGUUGAAUGAUGGCAAUUAGUACAUUUUUCACUGUAAAACUACAAAGAUUUUGUUUAAUUGUGGUGGAAUGAAUAUAUAAUUAUUAAUUAUUGUGCGAUUUAUAGAUUGUGUAAAUAUAAGAUAGCGCAGCUAACUGCUUAUUUGUGAAAUUACAUUGAAAAUAGCAAAUUUUUGUUGUGUAAUGAACCCAUUGUCUCAUACUGCACAUUCAAACACAUUAACAUGUUUACCAAUGUUUUGAAUUCGUAUACUACCUUGAAAAGGUCGUAAGGAUCAUUAAUUUAUUUAUUCAAUCAUAUUUAACAUAACACAACUCCCAGAAAGGUGCCACAAGCUGAAGCCCAAAACGGUUCCAAUUCUGAUUUAUACAACAGUCCAAAUGUGUCACUAGGUUAUGUGUUGAGAAAAAAUCGAGCAGUUAAUUUGCAUUUUUUUCACACUAGGUAGUGUAAAAGUCAAGAUACAAAAACGGGUUUACAAGAAAUAAGCAGUUAUUGCGUAAUGCCAGAUUAUGAUUUCAGUACUAACUUCAUGUUAAAUCAUGUUUGAAUGCUUCAAACAAAAAUAAGAUACCUGAGUCCCGAAUGAACUAAAAUGUAGAGAAAAGGACAAUUAAAAAUUGUGUACGAUUGAUAUUACUUAUCUAAUAAGACUUGUGUUGUGCUAACUUAAUCAAGAAUGUCUUGUAAAUUAACGUAUUUAUAUUAUUUAUGUCAUCAUUGAUAUUGAUAUUGUGCGAAGUUUCUUUAAGUUAUUAUUCAAAUUAGUUAUCGAUCAAGUUUUGGUAAGCUGUUUGAUAUAAUGCAAUUGAUGGUUUCAUGUAUGUAUACUACUCAAUACAGUUUGCAAUAUUGUAACCUAGGUGUAACAAAUUCAGCCAAAUUAAAUACAAUAAUUAUUGUAUUUGA